AUAUUGGUCAUAGAUUGAAAUGAAUCGGGAUAUCUGUUAGGUUGAAGUGUUAAACUUCAUAAAUCACUAUUUAAAAGAUUAUCGUUAUCUUUUUCAGGCGAAUGAUUCCCGUUUGCUAGCAGCGGGAGAAUCCAAAACCCCAAAGCGAAGUGAGUAGGAGAAGAGCAUCUGAGCAUGAGAUACAAUUUCGACUUGUCGGAGCCCCGUGACGCCGACGACGGUGGCCGUCAAUCAGCAAUGCCAACUUCAGCUUCAACACCCAAAAAAGAACUGGAAUGGCUACCCUUACAAAACCACCCAGUCUUUUCUUCUCCCAACAGGGAUGGCGCCGCCCAUUCCUCCAACUUCACAAUGCCUAAAAACCUUUUGGCGUGGGACGGAGCUUCUCGUCUCUACUUUUGGGACUCCUACAAAAGUUGUCUGCAUCGGCUCUCUGUUCGGUUGGGCGAACCGGACCCUACUUCCGUCCUUGCCGCUUCUCCUUCUAAGGUACUGCAAGCUGAUAUGCAAUUGGAUUUUGAGGUUCAGCGAAUUUCCAUUAAUAGAAAUGGAUCAGCACUUUUCCUAGUUGGCUUGGAUGGUUUAUACGUCAUGUAUCUCUAUGGAAGGACUUCGACGAAAGAAAAUACAGUUAUAUGCCGGACAGUUUCAGUUGGUUCAGAGAUUUACUUUGAUAAAAACAACUCAAUACGCACGUUGCAGGUUUGUUGGCACCCUUACAGUGACACCCAUCUGGGAAUCCUCUCUUCUGAUUCCGUUUUCAGGGUUUAUGAUCUGUCGUCGGCCCUUGGUCAGCCAGAACAGGAGUAUUAUUUGCAGCCUGUGGAGCCUGGCAGUUCGCACAAUGCCACAUCAAUCUGCCCCGUCGAUUUUUCUUUUGGGGGGGAUCAUUUGUGGGACAGGUUCAGUGUUUUUAUCUUGUUUAGUGAUGGCUCAGUUUACAUCCUAUGUCCUGUUGUUCCCUUUGGAAGUGUGUACAAAUGGGAAUCUAUACUGGAGUUAUAUAGUGAUGCGCAUGUGUUUGGUCUGAAAUCAUCGAAUUCAAAAGCUGUGAAAAACUCAAAUUUGGCAAUCUCUUGGUUGGAAGCAACAUUUCCUGAACUAGCCCGGAAAGAAGUUCAUGCAGAAAAUGCUUCUGUACUUAGAGCUCAGCCUUAUGCUUUAUUUGAUGCGUCAAUCUCAUUGCAGGGGCCUUUACGUAAAGUAAGUCACAGCGUUGAAGAAGACUCGGUUCAUCCUCCAGUUUGUGAAGGGCGUGCUGUCAGUUUUCUUUAUGAUUUAGUUAGCAAAGAUUCUAUUGUCGUAACUGCUUGGAGUGGUGGCCAGUUGCAAAUUGAUGCUUUAGCUGAUGAAGUACAGCCGGUUUGGAAGGUCGGUAGCCCACCUCGGGUUUGUCUGGAUUCAACUGAUAGUAUAGUUGGCCUUGCAAUGAUUUGCGAGUCAUUGUCCAGUGACACCUCUAUUUUGAAGCUUGACCUGCCACCUGAUCAUACCUUAUGGUUGGGGCAUUCACCUCCUCUUUUAAGGCUGGCUAUUGUGGAUUUAGCUCUGCCCAGAAGAAGCGGUUCCAUUAUAUCAAUGUUUGUUGAUCCCCUUAUUUCAGAAAGAAUAUAUUGCCUUCAUGAUGGAGGAAUUGAUUCAGUAGUGUUGCACUUUUUUCCUUUCACUAAUCAGAGUAGUGGCAAAGAGGACAUGAUGAGAAGUCCCUCUGUGCAUCCCGUUCUUAGCACUUUCCAAGGAGAAGCAUCCUCAGCCUCCCCACUUUGUGGUUUCUUGGCUCUGUCAGAUUCUUUCGGAGAUUCAUGGAUUGUGGGUCUUACCCCUUCUUGUGAGUGUAUAGUGUUGGAGAUGGAGACUUGGAAUACACUGGUUCCCCCAAUUAUUGAUAAGGUUGACAAACUCAUAGACUCAGAGGGGCCAAAAGAUACAGAUAUUCCUACUAUCAUAAGCAAAGAGCUCCUUACUGGGCCCAGGGUAGUUCUUUUGCCCCCUUCAUCGCCUCAUUUACGCUCCGUUGCCGCUGAUUCAAUUGAAGGCCGAUCAACACUUCAUCAGUAUUUCAAGCUGUUUCACGAAAAUUAUGUGGAAUAUGCCCACAAGGUGUACUUUGAACUUCAGCAUCAUGCACCUCAUGUAAAGAAGAUCAUCGAUGACCAGCACUCUCGAUUGCACAAAGCACAGCAGAAGAUUUUGGAAGUUGAAAGGAAACAGGAAAAGAUAGAGGAUCGUAUUGAGCAUGCAGUUCAGUUUCACAGUAAGCUAGAAGAGCGCUUGCAAAGCCUGCGACACCUGCCUGCAGCACACAAGAGAUCUCUAUCAAAAGCUGAACGAGAGUUCAAGUCUGAACUUGACAGAUAUAGGGGAGUGGAGUUGGAUGCUCUGCGCUUUUCUAUUGAAGCAGUAAAUGCCAGGUUGAAAAGAUUCACACAUUCUCCACAGGCCAGUCGAUCAAAUGAACAGCGACAAUUAUCAGUGAGGAGAAAGAGCCAUGUUCAGGAAAAUGAAAUGUCACUGCUUAAAGCAUCACUUGAAAAGCUCUCACUGGUGAACAGUGAAAAUGCCAAGAAGGUUAAAGUAGUUGAAUCCGCAUUGAAAUGCCGCGAAAUAGGCACUUCAUGAGAUCACACUGGUUAUUCCCCUCAACUAUAUAUUUAGGAUAGCAUGUUGAUUUUUGCUUCUGAUGUACAAGAAUGCAAACAAUUUCCCUGGAGUUAAAAGCUGUUGGCCGUGACCACAAAAUUACUCUUUUAAGCAGCUUGAUUGCCUUUCCUAAUUUCCGGCAGGAAGAACUUAAAGGUUAGUGAGUGUUGAUCGCAGAAUAUAUGGUCUAAUUACGAGUUAGAGUAUCUUCGUGGACGAGGUUACUUCUGCAAAAGCGAUUUGUGAGGCCAAAUGUUAAUUUUGGAUGCAUCCCUUGAGUGAGGUUGCAUAUGGAAUCAUCAUGUAUAAGACUAGAAUAUUAGACGAGCUGCAUGUUUUAUAGAUUUUUUCCCUGUAGUAUAUAUGGGUCUUCCUACCCCAAUUAUUGUACUACUUAUAGUUCUAGUUUCUAAGAAGGGCAACAUCCCAUAUCAAAUAGUACCAAUGUGAUAUAAAUAUUAUUAAACUAUUCAUAUCAUCUAUAUCACGAAUUUUGAAAAGCA